AUGGUCUGUGUUGGUGAACUAUGGCCGCUCUUUGGAAAGUGUGUCGACCACAGCAAACUUGAGAAGCUUCAUAUUGGGAGGCGCAGGGUUUCGGUGAUGGAGACUGAGAGAGUGGAAGAUGUCAGUAGAAGAGCAGUGGGAGCAAUGGAUGUUGACGAUGGGAUCCGAGUCGAGUUGUCCAGGGACUUCUCUCCAGCCGGAUUUGGAAUGCAAGUCGACCCGCUGCCUUCCCAACCAGGCGGCCCUGGCAAUCCGCGUCCUAACUGCACUGAGACUAGCGUCAAGCCACUGGGGUUGAAUCCCGUGCAAAGACCCACAGCUGUGAUCCACUCUGAGGCCCAUAAUCCCGAUAAGAGAGAUUGUGGCUUGACCCACUUCCCCUAUCAGAGCGUCCCGACUGGACGCCACCAGAUCGAGCGGAGGAACAUUCCAACCGUAUUCCAGCCCUGUGGCCGUGUGGCCUCUUUUGGUGGCAUGUCCUCACCCCAAAACAAGCAUUAUGAUGGCUGGUCUCGAUUCCUUCGACGCUGUCGCCUACCAACAUGUAAGCCAUACACGCAUACACGGUGA